AUGGCUGAGGAUGAAGAAGAGGGAGAGAGGAAGAGGAAGAAGCGGAAGAGAAGGAGGAGGGAAUUAAGAACAGGGGGGAGAGGAGGUGGGGGAGGAAGAUUGAGAGGAGGAAGAAGAGUAGGAGGAGGAGGAGGAGGAGGAGGAGGAGGAGGAGGAGGAGGAGGAGGAGGAGGAGGAGGAGGAGGAGGAGGAGGAGGAGGAGGAGGAGGAGAAGGAGGAGGAGGAGGAGGAGGAGGAGGAGGAGGAGGAGGAGGAGGAGGAGGAGGAGGAGGAGGAGGAGGAGGAGGAGGAGAAGGAGGAGGAGGAGGAGGAGGAGGAGAAGGAGGAGGAGGAGGAGGAGGAGGAGGAGGAGGAGGAGGAGGAGGGGACGAGGAGGAGGAGGAGGAGGAGGAGGAGGAGGAGGAGGAGGAGGAGAAGGAGGAGGAGGAGGAGGAGGAGGAGGAGGAGGAGGAGGAGGAGGAGGAGGAGGAGGAGGAGGAGGAGGAGGAGGAGGAGGAGGAGGAGGGGGGGUUAAGAAAAGGUGGAAGCGGACACGCACUAGUCUUGUACCUUGAUGUCUCCCACAACUACCUCUCAGGUCCCAUUUCUGGUAUCUCCUGGGAGUUUCAUGACUUGUCAAGCAACUACUUGACAGGUCGGCUGGAUGUUGCAGCCUCCAUGUCCAGCAAUCUUGCCGCCAACUGUUUUGCACAGUCCAGCUGUACCAGCACGGAGCCCAACUGUACGCUUGCGCAGCAGCGCACUGCAGCAGAGUGCGCAGCAUUUUGUGGUGGUGCGAAUCCCUGUGACGGCAAUGGCAUCUGCUAUCCAGACGGACCCAGCUUGGUGCCAACGUGCCUGUGUAAACAGGGAUAUGUGCGUGUUGGAAGGUUCAACUGUUUCAAAAAAGGUUGGAAUAGUAGUCUCUCCAUCAACAAGCCUAUUCUUCCCGCAUUCACUUUUCUCACCAAGGGGACACAACGACAGACAGUGGGGAGGUUUAUGGCAGAGCCGGAAAGCCUUUUUGCAUACCCAACUCGUUUGAGCAAGGGAUGUGGUAUACAGCUAUCUUUCAGUGUCAACUUCACAUUCUGCCUCAUUUCCCAGAAUGGUUCUGCAGGGUCCAACGGCUUCGCGUUUGUGAUAGCGCCAAAGGGCAAGGUGGGGAAAGCCAAUGGUGUAGGGUAUGGUGGAAUGAGAAGGCAGACUUUAGCCGUUGAGUUUGACACACACAGUAAUGAGACAGAGCAGCACGUGGGGCUCAACAUAAAUGGCGCGAAUACGCCCGUGGUUGCAGUGGCGUCACCAUUCACUCUAACCGACGGCAAAUUCUACACGGCAUGGGUGGACUAUGACCCCGGCAAACCUGUGAACAUUCAAGUGUUUCUGGAUCAUUCCAUGGAGAAGCCAGCGAUGCCGCUGCUGCAGAGCAAUCUGUCGCUGUGUGAGGUGCUGCAGCCUAGUGGAAAGCAGCCGGCUUUCUUCUUUGGAUUUGUUGCGUCCACCACUGUGAAGCCCUUUCAGAUGCAUGCCAUUCUCAAGUCCGCCGUGCGAACAGACAUACCUCCUCCACCCAAGCCUGUCGAGAGCACAGAUCAAGCCUUUGGCUUCACAAUUUCGGAGAGCACGUUUGUGCCAUCUGGUGGAGCCAACCCAUUCUCGCGCUAUGUGAGCACGGACUACCAAUUGGCGGAAGGCGGUGCGGACUCGUGGGCCAGCCGUGACUUGCACUCGUGGAGCACCACCACCUUCCUCAACUGGCCUGUCAAGAAUCAGUUGGAUUGCAGUGCAUGCUGGGCAUAUGCGGUGGUGGCGAGUGUGGAGGCUGCGUACGGCAUCGCAUUGAAUCAAGCCGCUCCCCAGCUGUCAGUGGAGCCACUCUUUGCAGCCAUGAGGCUCACCGAUGCAGACAAGUGCACCGCUGGAGGCUCCCCCACUGCCGCCCUUGAGAAGCUCGUCACGCUUGACGCCAGCAGUGGCCUCACUGGAGGCAGCAACCCGGCAACAACAUACCCGGUGACAUCGUUUGAGCGGGCGCUCUUCAAGGGGUACUUCGGGCUCAUGCUGGCAGUGCGGCGCCAGCCAGUGGUGGUUCACAUCGAGGCUUCGGCUGACACGUUCAUCAAAUAUGAUGGGCUAUGUCCUGUCCCUUCUCCGUCUCAGACAUUCAAAUACGCGGAUGCUGCUUGCUACACUGGCAAUCUGAACCAUGUGGUGCUGGUCGUUGGUUACUUCAUCAACGGAGAUGACGGCAGCCAAUACCGCAUUGCUCCUCCAUCUUGGAUCAUCCGCAACUCGUGGGGAGAUGGUUGGGGAGACGGGGGCCACAUGCGCAUGGACAUCCAGGGGGGGGAUGGCGUGUGCGGCAUCAACACGCUGCCUGGCAUCUACCCCAUUAUUAAGAUUCCAGGGGACCCAUGCGCCAAAAAUAGCCACAAGGGCGAUAAGGAUUCAGAUGGCAUGAACCCUUGCGGCCGGUUCGACUGUCAGAAUGCCGCUGAAGCCCAAACAUGCACCUGCACUAUUAUCGGCGCUACAUCCCAACCAUUUGUUGAGGUUGUGAACGGAUAUAAUUCCAAAACCUGUGCUUAUGUGGACGUGUGUGGGUCGUACUUCAAGAACCCCUGCUACGUGGGCGCAUGCAUCAACGAUGGCAAGGGCUCCUACUCCUGCAUCUGCCCUCCAAACUACAUUGAAAGAGUCACACUCUAUGGCUUCCCCACCUGUGACCCAGCAAGUUUUUCAGCCACUGAACUGACAGUCACUGGAGACAACUGGCAGUGCUCAGAUGUUUCUGCACUGGUUGGCAUCCCACUGGACAAGUUUCGUUCUAUCAAUGCGGGGGUAAAUUGCAAUCAGCCGUUGCCCGAGGACAGUGUCAUUCAGCUGAGUGGUGUUCCUGACAUACCUUGCACUGCCUUCUUCUACGUCCUCAAGGGUGACACCUGUUCAACCAUGAGUAAGAAGCUCGGCUUGAGUGAAAAAGAACGUACCAAGCUCAACCCCGGGCUCGACUGUUCACCGACGGGCCUCAAGGCAGGCCAGUCAGUGUGCAUCGAGCGCAGCCCUGCCUUGGCCUACACUGUCCCUGAGUGUCUGAGAUACGGCAUGCUGACAGCACAAGACUCGUGUGAUGCGGUUCUUAAAAAGAAUACCAAGGAUCUGGGCGCGAAUGUAACUGAAAUUGACAGGGCUGAGCUGUUCCGCAACAAUCCCGGCCUUACUUGCUCCAGCACCAUCCCUAGCAACACUCAAGUGCAGGUUUGUCUGAGGGCAGACUAUUGGUCAUUCACAGCAUCCGUCGGUUGCAAAAAGGGUGUAUCCAAGAAAGUGGACAAGGAUGCAACGUGUGCAAGUAUUUUCGUUACAAUUAGAUUUACAGAUGAAAAAGACUUCCUUGAUUAUAAUUUUAAGGAUUGCUCUAGUACCGGUACCAUAGGCGGAAACUCUAAUACUAGAGAUGGGAGCAAGUCAGUAUUUGUGCCCCACCCUCCUAGACGCCAAAAGUAA